UCAGUUAUUCUUUGGAAUGCUGAAAGCGCCAAAUUGACUUCCACCUCUUGCAUCAGUCGUCGGGACGUCGGUGGAUCAUUUCCUGUAAUCAAGAUCUACCAGAAGAAGAGGUUCGUGAAGGAUGAAUAGCUCCUGUGUCAGUUGUCUGAAAAGUCUGGUGGUGACUCUUCACUUCCUCUGCUGGCUAUGUGGAGCCUUCGUGGUGGCCUUUGGGGAAUUCCAGAUGAUGCACUCCAGGUUCGCCUCUCUCGUCACCACUUUCUGGCCCAUCUACCCGGCCAACACGCUUGUGGUGACCGGUACCAUUGUUACCUGCGUGUGUUACCUGGGAGUGCUGGGAGGCAUGAGGGAGAACCGCUGCAUGCUCAUUACGUUUUAUGUUCUCCUGUUCCUCCUGAUGCUGGUGGAGUUGGCCAUGGCCUGUGUGUUCUUCGUCUACCACAGGGAGAUUGACACAUACUUUGAGAAGGACCUGACCCACAGCUUAGAGAUCUACAUGCAGUCCAGUUCAGAAGGCAACAAAACCAUUAAAGAGGAUUUCGAUGCAGUCCAGUACCUGUUUAGGUGCUGUGGAGUUCAGGGUCCAGGUGACUGGAAGGGGAAUACUCCCCUCUCCUGCUGCAAAAAGGACCCCUGUAACACUGCCAACCAGCCCAACUGGGAAGAGGGCUGCCUGGUAAAACUGAGGAACUGGUUUGCUUCAAACUACCUCAGCACAGCGUCAGGAGUGGUCACCAUGUUUAUGAUUCAGUUUGUGUGCCUGAGCAUCACUAUGCCUCUGUUUUGCCACUUCAGUCGAAGAGGACUGGGUUACAAGUGAUAAAGAGGUCCGCGAAGCUUCCUGCAACUUAGAAAAACAUUUGUGUCAACAGGAUCAUGCAGACGCAUCCACCUUCCUCCUAUUAAAGGGCUACGAUAUUCACCCAGAGAAAUGACACAUGUAAAUGUUGGGAGAUGUUUCCAUGUAAUCAGAGUCUGGCUCUUAUUGAUUUAGAGUUACUGGUUUCCAGUGUGGGUAAAAUAAGACUGAAUAUUGUUUUAUGCUCAACAUUUAUACCCUGAAUGGGAUCACUUUAUUGAUUUAAAGAACUCCCCUGAAAUCCAGUAGCUUUUCAUGCUGAAGCACAAAGCAGAACUACUGCCCUCAGGUCCUGACAUAAAUGAAUAAGCUAUUUGCAAACUGGUAACCUGCAGCCAGUUUUUUCUCUGUUCUUUGAAUCAACGCUUGAUAAAAGUCAUCAUGAGUUCUUUUCAGAUUUUGCGGGAACCUGCAAAAUCCAGCUGUUCUAACAUGUUGAUGGCUCGCUCAGCUGGUCUCCUUUAAAUAGCUUGAUCUGGUACUUCCCACUGAUUCACUAACUGAGACAUGAAGGUUCGGAGGUCAGAUGAGUCUAUUAGUCUAAUGUGAACAGGCCUGAGGUGCUUUUCUGUAUCUAAAAUGUAUCAUACGAUGUACCGUUUAAUUGUAACUUAAUGUUAAAUGUUUAAAAUCAUUAUUACAAAAAUAUUAUGAUUGAAAUGUUUGUUCAUCCUUGCGUAAUGGGGCUAAGUUAAUUGAAAAACUAUUAGAUGUCUUAUCAUUGACUCUCAGUUUGUCUUUCUUUCAAGCUAAAAGGGAUAAUCGAGAUUAUUUAAGUCAGGCUCUGUGUGGGUAUUAUCAAUAUAAAGAAGUUUUCAGAGCAGUGUAAGGCUAACAGCUAAUCAGAUGGCACCCCCCCCAAACCACAUGUCACCACGCCUGGUUAUGUUAGCGGAUGCUGCUAGCUCUAUGAAUUGGCUACAUUAGCCGUGACUUGUCAGUCAGUUCUAAACCUGCCAACAUUGGAAUAAAGUCCUGGAUUUUGUGUCACUGUGAUUUGUGCAAUGGCAUCGAAGAUGAUCCGAUCCAUGUGAUGAGCAGGCGGAAUGAUACAGUCAGCAGCCUCAGCAAAUGUAUUUCUACAUAGGCGUAGUUACGCUAAGGUUGUUUGGCCAGCAAUCUUAAAAGCUGUCUCUUGUACAGUGUAGACAUUGAUAUCUGCCAGCAUCGUACUGCAGUACUGAAUAAACUUCCACUGAACAACAGACUUUUUCACAAAGUCAUUGAUUUGUCUACCAUAUAAAUAUCUGAACUAUCUCAUUAAAAAAUGUUGGUUUGCUCAUAUAGUUUUAGAAAAAGUCCCAUUUUUCACAUUUUGUUAGAUUGUUUGUCACAAGAAGUAUAAUUUUGCUCCCCCACUUUGUGCCCACUAUAAUGCAUGAGUUCAGCUCGGUUGUUUAAUGGUAGAGUGAAUGGGUACAUUGCUCUAAAACAUGGUCUGCUUUGUGUGACUGUUAUUAUUUUCAGAUUGUUACAUAUGCAGGUAAUCAGCAGAGGAAACCAGAGUUUGAUUGGGUCUUUUGGGUUCGUGCAGCUCAUGCUGAGCUGGAGCACAGACACAAUAUCAGACUUCUAAUAAUCUCAUUAUUGUUCCUGGCACACAGAUUAUAUUAUAAAGAACCUUGAAAAAAAACCUCGGUAGGUUUACAGUUGGAUGAAACCACUGUGGAUGUUCUGUACGUGGAGUCUGUAUGAUGAUGGGGUUAUGGCCUGAUACUCUUCAGUUUGUUUUACCAACAUGAUUAACAAACAGCCUGAGUGACGGUGAACCCACAUGCAGCUCGCCCAGCAUGUGACAGAAAGUCCUUUAUGAUGUGUGAGAGGCAUUGCCAAAACAAAUAAAACAUAAUGUCAGAAUA